GGAACUUUCCGCCUCUUUUUUCAUGAUUGCAUUGCCAACGGCUGCGACGCCUCUGUUCUUAUCUCCUCCACUCCCUUCAGCACCGCCGAGCGCGACGCCGACAUCAACCUAUCUCUCCCCGGAGAUGCCUUCGACGUUAUCGUCCGAGCCAAGACCGCCCUCGAGCUUGCUUGCCCCAACACUGUUUCCUGCGCCGACAUCCUCGCCGUUGCCACCCGUGACCUCCUCACAAUGCUUGGAGGUCCCUACUACGGUGUCGUUUUGGGUCGUAAGGACGGCCGCGUCUCCCAGUCCCGUCUCAUCCGAAAUAGACUCCCCCUUCCUUCGAUGCCCAUUUCCCAACUCAUCGACCUCUUCGCUUCCCGCGGGUUCAGUGUCCAGGAGAUGGUAGCUCUGAGCGGCGCCCACACCGUCGGGUUCUCGCACUGCAAGGAGUUCAGCUCCCGAAUCGGGAACGAUAGCCAUUACAACCCGAGAUUCGCGGCCGGAUUGCAGAAAGCCUGUGCUGGUUAUCCCAAGGACCCGACCCUAUCGGUGUUCAACGAUAUAAUGACACCCAACAAGUUCGACAAUCUGUAUUUCCAGAACCUGCCCAAGGGUCUGGGGCUCUUGGAGUCGGAUCACGGGCUUUACGGUGACCCGAGGACGAGAGAACUCGUGGAAUUGUACGCCAAAGAUCAGGCAAAGUUUUUCCAGGAUUUUGCUCGAGCGAUGCAGAAACUCAGCCUUUAUGGAGUGAAGACCGGGAGGAGAGGGGAGAUCAGGCGCAGGUGUGACGCCAUCAACUAAAUUUGAGGUCUGUUUUUGUGUCCAUUGAUUUUAUUGUUUCCGGUGGUUUGGUGGAUUAAGGUGGAUUCUUUUUGGGUUGGGAGGAUCUGGGUUCAUUAUAUUUAUACUUGUCUGUACCAAUAAUCAUAUCAAAAGCUUAAGAAUUAUACAUAUAUUUAUUUACUGGUUAUGUGUUGUGGGUCGUAUCUAAUCUUCUUGGCAACUUUCCUUUCGCUUGUUCUGAUUAGAUUGCAGAUUCUCCUCCUCUGGUUAUCUAUUUCUCCAAUUGAGGUCUUCUUGAAGGGGAGGUGAAUUUUGUGAGUUAAGAGAUUUGUCAUAGAAAAGCGUGUUCGUAGAAACACGAGAGAGGAGCUUGCAACUCACGUUUUGGAGAAUAUAAUAAUGAGAAA